AUGGUCCUCCGUCGUGUAGCUGCAGAUCGACCCCGCAUGGUCUUUGCGGUCAUCCUGCAGCCUCUCCUUGAACUUGAUAAGCAGACUUUGGUGCCUCUGACAUCCAUCAUUGUGAUUGAUGCGCUUGAUGAAUGUGAAUCGGAGUCAGAGACUGACAUUGACACAAUCCUACAGCUCACCACUGGAGCUCAAAAAUUGAGCACCAUCCGCUUGAAGUUUUUCAUCACCAGCAGACUAGAAUUGAACAUUUUUUCGAGCUUCAAUGCAAUUGAGAAGAUCCAACAACUUGCUUGGAAGGCCGAUGGUCUGUUCAUCUACGCCGCAACAGCGUGUCGUUUUCUCGGCGACCGCAAACUAACCAAGGAGCGCUUGGAAUCACGUUUGGAUCUUCUUCUUGGUGGUAGGGUAGUGGAGCGUUCUCCGCAGAGGAGCCUGGAUGCAAUUUACAGCCGAAUCCUUCAGUUCUCAUUGAUUGGAGAGGCAAUUGAGGAAGAGAAGGGGGCUAUACGCAAUCGGUUCCAGCUGAUUGUUGGGGCCAUCAUCAUGCUGUUCGAACCCUUGUCAGUGACUGCUCUGGCCAAUCUGCUCUCUAUCGGGAUCUACGGUUAA